AUGAAAAAAGCCGAAAAAGCGUUCCAAAACCAAAUCGUAACUCGCUUGGUACUGAGCAUCAAUCGAAGUGAGAGCGCGGAGAAAGCGCUUCGUACCGCCCAACUGGCCAUUCAGUACAAGUCUUCAGGAGAAUUGCAUGUUGUUGGAGUCGAGCUCUCAGGAAACCCCACCGCUGCCCCUUUCUCCUAUUUCCGCGAAGCCUUUUCAUUACUCAAGAAGCACGCCAUUCCAACCACAAUUCACGUUGGCGAGGUUCCCAACUCCAAAGUUUUGAGUUCAAAGUGUUGCUGCGAUCGCGACGAAUUUCAAAAAUGUCGAGAUAUCCAGGACAUUCUUGAUUUUCGGCCGGAUCGCUUUGGACAUUGUUUGUUUCUCAAUGACGCAGACUUGGAGGUCGUUAAGCAGAUGCACAUUCCCAUCGAGGUCUGUCCCACUUCAAAUUUGAUGACACUGGGGAUCCAAAGCCUUUCAGAACAUCCAAUUUUGAAAAAAAUCGAGGGCGUGAUUCCGUUUUCUGUUAAUACAGACGAUACUGCUCUGUUUUGCGUUUCGCUCAGUCAGGAGAUCGCUUCUGUAGCGAAGGAACUUCAGUGGAGUAAGGAAGAGGUAAUCAGUUUUGCACGUGGGUGUGUUUGCCAAGUGCUUGAGAAGGACCCCGCUGUUGUGGGCUUUUUACAAGGAAAAGUGGAGCAGUUUGCAAAUAAUUUAAACUUAAACUAG